AGUUUUUAGUGGUUCCAUUAGAUUCUUUGUUACUGUCCCAAUUGGGAUAUCAGAAUCUCUGCCAACCACAAAUUCUACAUGUCGAUUAAACCAACUGCGAGUACUUCCAGAAUCCAUUGAUUUCUUUCUCUGUUUGUCUUGCUACCACUCAAAGCCCUCCGUAAAUAAAACUGAAAAUUAAUAAUUCUGGUUUUGGGAAGGAUUAAAUUUCAUUUUCAUGGAAUCUUCUUGAUAAAGGAUUGCUUUUAUUAUUCAAGAACUUAGCUUUCUGAAGUGGGUUGCUCUUGAAUUUUGGCUAUGGUUGAGCUUUGUUUGAUGGCAUCUUCAGUAUACCCAAUUGCUGUUUUUCGUCAAGAACAGGGGGUUUACAGGACUUCUAAGGAUUUACGCUCAGUUGUUCCCUGUACAUUAAGGCAGGAUAUAUUAAGAGCAGAUGGCUUGAAUCUCAUGCCACAUCAGCUCGAAGAUUCACGCAGACAUAUGGGAUGGUCUUCAGAUUCUAAUCAGUAUGUCAAGUUUGACCCAGCAAUGAGGAGACCUGUGCUUGUUGAUGUACAAGCAGAAAGCCGUCUAGACUCAGCACUCUUGAACUAUGGAUUUGCCGAACAGUGCACAAAACAUGAGAAGAUCUCUCAGUUCUUCAUGUCUUCGUCUAGUGGAGCAGCAAGAGAAGGUGUAAAUUUUCCUUUUGCAUCUGAUCUCACGGGGUUUCAAGCAUUGGCAAUCUGCAUGAAUCCACAGCCAGAAGCUUUCUUGACCGAUGAAGUUUCUCUUGAUGAUGCUGGAGCGGUUGAGUUUCACCCUUCCCUUAUCUAUCCGGAGAGCAGAUUUUUUGCUCCAAAGCCCCUCUUGGAUUUCGUAGGGGAUUUGUCCAGUGAUUCAAGAAUAAUUAUGCACCCAGAUGGUAGGGUGUUAUUCACUGGAAGUGGGAUAGAAGUGAAAGAUCUAAUGUCUAUUAUUGCGGAGUUUUACCUUUCAAGCACCUCAACUAAGAGAGGAGAAAUGCCAUUUUUGGUUCCUCAUUUUACUAGACUGGACAUGGGUGAAGCACGGACAAAUGUCUGUGAAUCUCCUUUGAAGUUGGAAGCUGUGAUGGUUGCUCCUGCGAAGAGUCCAAAGAGAACCAAGAUAAAACAAUCCCCAACAAAGAGGAACGGCAGGAAAGCAGGAAAAGAGGGAGAUAUACAUAGAAGAAACGAUCUCCACGCAUGUGAGAGCCUUCUAUCACUAAUUCUAGGAAAGAGACAAGGGAAGAAUGCAAUCCUGUCUCUGAAGAAAUCUGCUCCAGAACUUCCUCAGCUAUUAACCCAAUUUUCAGCUAGCAUUGCGGGCACUGGUCUUGUUGUAUUAUUAUCUGUAGUCUUUAAGGUUAUGGCGGGGAGGGUACCCUUCUGCACAUCAAAGAUGCUUAACACCGGAUUUGGGUUUGGUUUGGUUUGGCUGUCUUGGGCAGUUAACCAACUGAGAGAAAGUGUCAUCUCUAUUAGCAAGAAUCCAAACAAGUUGGGGUUGCAAGAUGAAGAAAUGAUGAAGAAGGUGGACAGAAGUGUCAACGAGAUUUUCUUUAGGGCCGCAACGGUAAUGGCUGUAGCAGUGCUGAAGAUCGCUUGAGAACAAAAGGUAAUGAUGAGUUGGUGCAUGGUUUUAUAACACUUGAGAGUCCAGGGAUUAGUGGUGGUGCAGUUGGUUGUGUAAGUAGUGGUUGUGGAGUGAGUGGAGGAUUCAGUGAGAGGGUAUAAAUAUAUUAGCACUGUUUGUUAAAUGAGAACUUGUAAGAAGAUACAAUUGAAGCAUUGUAUAUGAAAAGACAAGAACAGAGUUUUGUGCAUCUAAGUUUCUUGAUGGGAUAUUAUGAUAGUUCCACCUUCUGCUUAGAAGGGGUUAUUCUAGUCAUGAGAAUUGAGCUAUAGGUUGAGUAUUAGGAGCUCUGGACAUCUGGUUUCCAGAUUCUGUAGUUUUUCAUUAAUUUUUCCUGCUCAGCAUUUGCG